AUGACAGCUCAAAAAGACACAACGCAAAAUCCCUCCGAUUUUAGCAUUGAACACAUUUUGAACCGAGCUGGGAGUUCUUCGAGUGGUGUUAGUAAUUUGGAUUUAUGUGAAAACACAGCAACAAAUUCGGCAAUGUCUUUGGACCCUUAUUCGUGGUUGCAGUGUACGAGAUAUUGCCCACCGAAAGUUCCAAUGGCUUUAGGAGCAAAUAAACGAGAUGGGCCCCAAAAAAGACAGUUGGGACGCCAUCCCAGGAUUCCCUUCACAAGUUAUCAGUUAUCAGUUCUUGAGGAAAAAUUCAAACAAAGUCCUUAUCUUAGUAGUGAAGAAGUUACAAUGUUGUCGAGGCAACUUCAAUUGGUCGAUGUUAGGGUCAAAAUUUGGUUCCAAAACAGGAGAGCAAGAGAAAGAAGAGAAAAACAACAAAGUAAAAAUAAUAGUGAAAGUAGUACGAAAGAAAUAAGUGCAAAUGUUAGUAGGACUAGCCCUGUAAGUGUUAUUAGUGACACAAAUGUUUAUAAUUUUUUUCCUCCAAAUACGAUAUUGACGAAUAAUUUAACAGGAUUUUUAGUUCCUAAUCAGAUUCAGCUUUUCGAUAAUAGUGACGACAGUUAA